UUCCCACGAAGUUUCUGCCUCCUGCCGCCCGUGUGUUUGUGGGGGAAAAGUUUCCACACUCCUGUCACUUGCCGGGCCGGGCAGCCGACCAAUAGGAAAGAAGCUGCCGGAUCGAAGGGCGUGAUGAGCGUGCCGGCUGGCCAAUGGCGCGCGCGGCGGGCGUUUUGAGGGCGGAGCGCGAGUCUCCUUGAGCCCCGUGCUGCUUUGCGGCCUAGUCGGGUGCUGAGGGUGACCGACCUCGCUCGGGCCAUGGGAGGCGGCGGCAGCGCUCAGCGGAGAGUCACCUUCGAGGCGGACGAGAAUGACAACGUGACGGUGGUGAAGGGAGUGCGGCUGUCUGACAAUGUCAUAGAGCGUAUGAAGGAGCCUUCUCCUCCAAGCGGGAGGCCUCAACAGAAACCGGGAUCUGGCCGUCACGGUGUGGGUGGAGGCGCUCCAGUGAACGAAGAAGACCUAAAGAAAAGAAUAGCCGAAGAAUUGGCCUUGGAACACGCCAGGAGAGAUGCUGAAACACAGAAGCGGUUGAAACAAGGCGAAAGGCACUCGCGGGAUGAAAUCAGCAAAGUCCUCGAGCGAGAACGGGCCGCCUCCAACGAUCAUUUGGCCAGAGCCCUUUUUAGGGAGAGGGCUGUAAACGAAGAGGAGCGCAUGAAGGCGCAGAUUUUGAGCGCGCAAUUCUACAAAGUCACGACAGAGGAAUUCCAAAAGGCCGUCAACGAGGUAGACGCCAGAUUCAAGCGAUACGAGUCUCACCCGGUCUGCGCUGACCUGCAGAGCAAAAUCUUCCAGUGCUACCAGCAGAACUCUCAGCAGACGCUCAGCUGCUCGGCCCUGGCCAGCGAGUACUUGAAGUGCGUCAACCAUGCCAAGCAGGUAGGUGCGGAGCAGGUGCAAGAACUGGAACUGCGGGCUGAGUCUCUAGGGCAGUGA